UUCUUUCACAGUGGCCACGGCGUCCUUCCCACUGCGCCGCCCGUGACACUCUCUGUCCCUUUCCCCCUCCGUGGAUCCAUCCAUUGAUAAAGCCAAGCUCCACUAAUGAGGAAAUUCCAGAACACUUCCCCUCCUCGCCCUCGCCUCCUCUUCGUCACCAUGGCUGCACUCCUCUCCCUCCCCCUCCUCCUCCUCUUUCUCAUCCUCCCUUCCUCCGCCCCCUCCUCCCCUCCUCCGCUCCCGCCGGAGAUUGCCCAGGCCUGCGGGGCCACCCGUUUCCCGUCCUCCUGCCACUCUGCCCUCUCCCAGUCCCCCGACCUCCCUUCCAGCCCCUCCGCCCUCCAACUCCUCUCUGCCGCCGUCGCCGCCCCCUCCGAUGCCCUCCCCUCCUCCCGCUCCCAAGCCGAGUCCAUCCUCGCCUCUGCCGAUGCAAACCCUGCUCGCGCCGCCGCCGCCCGCGACUGCCUCGAGCACCUCUCCCUCUCCGACCGCCGCCUGUCUGCCGCUUCCGCCGCCCUCCCCGCUGGCCGCCUCGCCGACGCCCGCGCCUGGGCCGGUGCUGCCCUCCUCUACCAGUACGAUUGCUGGUCGGCCUUCAAGUACGUCAACUCUACCCGCCGCGUCGCCGAUUGCAUGGACUCCCUCCUCGACCUGGCCGCCCUCACCAGCAAUGCCCUCUCCAUGAUCGCCGCCUUUCAGCGCUUCGGUGCUGACAUCUCCCUCUGGGUCCCGCCCCAGACCGAGCGGGACGGCUACUGGGGCGACUCCCCCGCCGUCGCAGCCGGCGGCGGCAGCGGCUCCCUCCGACCCGCCAAUGGUGCCACCACCUUCCCGUCGGACCGGCCUCCAAAUGCUACCGUGUGCAAGACCGGAUCUUGCGACUACCAGAGCGUCCAAGACGCGGUGGCCGCCGCGCCUGAUUUCGCCUCGGAUCGGUUCGUCAUCGUCGUCAAGGCCGGCGUGUACGAGGAGACCGUCCGAGUCCCGUUCGAGAAGACCAAUCUGGUGUUGCUAGGCGAGGGGAUGGGAACCACCGUCAUCACCGGCUCGCAAAACGUUGGCCACAACCAGGACGUGACCACCUACCACUCUGCCACCGUCGGUAUCCUCGGUGACGGCUUCGCAGCCCGAGAUCUCACCUUCGAGAACACCGCCGGCCCUGGCGCCCACCAGGCGGUUGCUUUCCGCUCCGACAGCGAUCAAUCCAUACUCGAAUCGGUGGAGUUCCGUGGGCACCAAGACACCCUGUACGCGCGCUCCCUCCGGCAACUCUACCGUAAAUGCCGCAUCGCCGGCACGGUAGACUUCAUCUUCGGCAACUCCGCGUCGGUGUUCGAUCGGUGCGUCAUCGAGGUGGUCCCACGCGCGGAAGGGCCAAGGAAGGCAGGGAGCAACCCGGUGGCCGCCCACGGACGGACCGACCCUGCCCAGGCGACCGGCUUCGUGUUCAGUGGCUGCGCUAUCAAUGGGAGCGACGACUACUUGGCUGCAUACCAGAGGAAGCCAGGGGCGCACCGGGCGUACCUCGGGCGGCCAUGGAAGGAGUACUCGAGGACGGUGUACGUGAAUUGUUACAUGGGGGAGGUGGUGAUGCCGGAGGGGUGGUUGCCAUGGAGGGAAGAUUUCGCGUUGAGCACGCUGUUCUACGGAGAGUACGGGAGUUCAGGGCCCGGGGCGAAUGCGGCGGCCAGGGUGGGGUGGAGCAGUCAGAUUCCCUCGGAGCAUGUCGGAUUGUACUCUGUGGAAACUUUUAUCCAGGGGGAUGAAUGGGUUCCCUCGGAGCAGUAACAACAGCACAAUGUGGUGGUGUGUUGCGUUCUGAUACUUAAUCUAAAUUGGCUGAAUGA